UCCACUUCGUUGUCUUGAGAGGGAUACAUGCAUUAAACUGAAAGAUAUAAUUUUGCAAACAACAUUUUGUAAAAAACAAUAAAAAAUAUAGUGAAGUAAAGAAGACAUAACGCUUUAGAUAAAGUAAAUCACUAAACACUUGCAUUUAGACAUGUCUGAUACUGAAAAGAAUAUUCCUGAAGGCUGGGAAGUACGCACAAGUCGUUCUACCGGUCUAACUUACUACCUAAACAUCUACACCAAGGAAUCACAAUGGGAUUUACCAACGGAACCGGCCAAAAAAGAAGUAUCUUCCAGUGGACCAUCUGAGGUGCGUUGUUCUCAUCUGUUGGUCAAACACAAGGGCAGCCGUCGCCCCUCAUCAUGGCGUGAAGAGAACAUAACACGCACCAAAGAGGAGGCCCGACAAUUGCUCGAGGAUUAUCGUAAACAAAUUGAAAACGGUGCCAGCCUCGAUGAGAUGGCCCAAAAAUACUCCGAUUGUAGUUCAGCCAAACGUGGCGGUGAUUUGGGUAUGUUUGGUCGUGGCCAAAUGCAAAAACCCUUCGAGGAGGCUGCCUUUAGCCUAAAAGUGGGUCAAUUAUCGAAAAUUGUCGACACAGAUUCGGGCCUACACAUUAUUUUACGCACAGAAUAAAUAGUUUAAGUAAGUUUGAAAACUCAGAAUUAAUAAUAAUAACAUUAAAAAAUUUGGAAGCCAAAAGCAGCAUAUUUUUCGGGUAUGCUCAAGCCGAGACAAACCAAAACAGCUCCUAAUUUUUUGCAUUUAGUUUUUGUUUUGUUUUUUCUUUUUGAUGAAUUAUAAAACUAAACAACCAAACUACUUAUAAUGGAAACAUGUUUUCCAAUAAUAAACAACAAAGAAAGCGAAACAAAUUAAACUUUUGUUAAAGAAAUAAGUUUCUUUUUAUGUAUUUUUUUAGUAGUAGUAGAAAAAGAAAACUUGGAAUUUUUAAAACUAAUAAUAAAAACUUUAUUUAAUUACAAAAUAA